AUGCCGCAGUUUUUCGAUCCUUUUGCGGGCCUGCGGCCUGACGACAAGGUUAACACCUAUUUCCAGGAUGUGAGCGCAGUAGAGGGGACAUCAGUUGAGAAUGGUAGCGGUUACAGAGAGGACGACGUGAUGGGAGCUGAAAAAGGUGUUUCCACAGGAACAACCAUUUUGGCACUAGAAUUUGAUGGAGGUGUGGUCAUGGCAGCAGAUUCACGCACAUCCAUGGGCGAUUACGUCGCAAACAGAGUCUCACGUACAAUUUCUUCUUUGCUAAGUACUUCCCAAAAGUGAAUCGCUAUUCCGAAUAAUCUUAAACUGAAAAAUAUGAGCUCAAAAAAGUACUCAUUCAUCAAUUUGUGUCUCUUAGUCCUAUAAUUUCCACCGUAUGUUGAUUAAGUUUUCGAUCCAGUUGUUUUCACUCUCACAUCAUAUCAGGUAAGAUCACGCCAGUGCACGAUCGAAUUUUUGUUUGCCGCUCUGGUUCAGCAGCAGAUACACAAGCAUUGACGGGCUAUGUCCAGCAUUAUCUCGGUUUGCACUCCAUAGAUCUGAAAGAUCCAAGAUUCCCUAAAGUGAACACGUGCGCAUCCCUCUUUCAGACGCUUAUCUACGGCAACAAAGACAACCUAAUGGCAGGUCUCAUCGUGGCUGGUUGGGACAAAGAACGUGGAGGACAGGUAGAUACUUAAGCAUGUUCUUCGCCCGCAGUGUCGUGCCUUCUCUCUCUAAUCACAGUAUUCUCGACAAGUACAUGUAGGAUUCCGUAAGCUAUUACUGUCGCCUAGGCUCCUACAAAUCUUCCUACUGGAUGUUUGUAGGUGUAUUCUCUCCCACUUGGUGGAGCAAAGUUCCGACGAGGCUACGCCGUCGGCGGAAGCGGAAGUGCGUAUAUUAUGGGUUUGAUUGAUGCCGAGUAUAAGCCCGGCAUGACAGAGGAGCAAGCGCGAUCGUGCUGUAAGAAGUGGGUUUCUCAUGCCAUGACUAGGGACGGCUCAUCCGGUGGUGUUGUGCGUACAAUGGUUAUCAAGGAAAGCGGCUGCCAUGAAGAUUACACCUUCGGCGACUCUCUACCCAGUAAAGCACUCUAAGAAGAACACGUAGACGUAACAGCAGAUGGAGUAACGAUCUUUACCCACGAGGUUAGCAGCUGGCUGAUCGGAACUCGGCAUCAAAAUCAGGUAAGCGUAAUUUACUUACGUUUUCACUUGUCUUUACAGCUGCAUAGUCGUGGUUUCAUAACUCAUGAGAACAAGAAUGUUGAGGCAUGUCUUCAAUUUUCAGCUAAUACUAAACACAGGUAAGAAACGCAGAAGUCGUGUAAAUGUGUGUGUGGUGAAGAGAAUGAUUUGCUGACUUGCCGAUAAGGGGCAAGAAGCUUUCGUAAGCCUGAUGCUUCUCGAUGCUGAAAGGCAAGACCACACAGCCACGUUUUCAUUUUUUGAACCCUUCAUCUUGAACACAUAGGAGUGCUUCCCAAGCGCUCUAGAAGCUAAAUGUGUAGCCAAACCCAAACACUACUCACGAAUGACGAAGGAACUAUUUCGUGAUCCCCGGUCGCCCUCUUUCCCCGAAACCCUUCGAUACCCGUGGCUGAAAGAGUAACAGAAACAAACGGAACGGGCAUUCCAAUUAAGCUCUUUGUAGCUGUAUUAUGUUCAAUCAUGGCAACCUUUCGGAGUGACACGAUAGGCUGUUCCAUGUAGAGCAACAACAGAAGUCAUAGUUUCAUCAAUUGUAAACGAG